AGAAGUUAAGCACAAAACGUUAUAUAGAACAAAAUGAUGUUGGCUCGAAAGCUUUCACCUAGAGUGCUAAGACGUUUCGUUCCAGUCUCUUCUAUAGCAUCAUUACCCAUUAAAAACCCAUCAUCGGCGCACCUUUCUAAUUUCGUUUUUUCUGAAAAAAUUCUUUAUUCAAACUCUGCUGAGUCUCGAACCAACUUCUUCUUCUUCCACCCGCUUCAUAGACCUUUCUCCUCUGAAACCAAAUCUUCUCCUCCCAAGUCCCUCAAUAGGGAUGGCAACUACGACGAAACCGCAUCUCGUAAUCAGCUCAUCUGCCCCGGUUGCGGUGUCUACAUGCAGGAUACCGAUCCUAAACUCCCGGGCUACUUCAUUGAACCCUCUGCGAAAGACCCAGAUUACCGUUCUCCCAUCGACCGAAGACCUGUUGCAGAAGAAACAGAGAUCUCCAACUCCCUCAAGAUAGGAAUACUCAAAGAGCUCGUCGAAGCCGAGAACACUAACCCUAGCCUUAAAGAGAAACCUGUAGUUUGCGCUCGAUGUCAUGGGUUGCGCCAUUACGGGAAGGUCAAAGAUGCUACUGUCGAGAAUCUGCUUCCGGAUUUUGAUUUUGAUCAUACCAUUGGUAGAAAACUCGCCACCACGACUGGUACACGUUCUGUUGUUUUGAUGGUGGUUGAUGCUGCGGAUUUUGAUGGGUCAUUCCCUCGUAAGGUUGCUAAGCUGGUUUCGGCAACCAUCGAUGAGAACUCUGCAGCUUGGAAACAGGGGAAGUCAGGGAAUGUUCCUCGGGUUGUACUUGUGGUGACAAAGAUUGAUUUGCUUCCGCCGUCGUUAUCCCCAACUAGAUUAGAGCAUUGGGUUCGGCAACGAGCGAGGGAGGGUGGAGCCAAUAAACUUACCAGUGUUCACCUUGUGAGCGCAGUAAGAGAUUGGGGUCUGAAGAAUCUUAUUGAUGAUGUCUGUGAAUUGGUUGGUGCCAGAGGGAAUGUUUGGGCUAUUGGGGCACAGAAUGCAGGAAAGUCGACAUUGAUCAAUGCGAUUGGGAAGCAUAUUGGAGGGAAGGUUACACACUUAACUGAAGCUCCUGUUCCAGGAACUACAUUGGGGAUAAUUCGGGUGGAGGGUGUUCUUCCUGGGCUCGCAAAAUUAUUUGACACACCCGGGCUUCUAAAUCCACACCAGAUUUCAACGAGGUUGACAAGGGAAGAGCAGAAGCUGGUGCAUGUAAGCAAGGAAUUGAAACCCAGGACGUACAGGGUCAAGGCAGGUCAUUCAGUUCAUAUUGCUGGACUCAUGAGGCUAGAUAUAGAAGAAGCAUCAGUAGAUUCUAUAUAUCUCACAGUCUGGGCAUCUCCUCAUCUUCCAUUACACAUGGGGAGAACAGAGAAUGCGAGCACAAUGCUUGAAGAUCAUUUUGGUCGCCAGUUACAGCCACCUAUUGGUGAGAAAAGAAUCGAGGAGCUUGGGAAAUGGAUGAGAAGGGAAUUUCGUAUUUGUGGAAACAGUUGGGAUGUGAACUCUGUUGAUGUUGCUGCUGCUGGUCUUGGUUGGUUUGCUGUAGGACUUAAAGGAGAGGCAAGUUUAGGUGUUUGGACAUAUGAUGGAGUGGAUAUUACAAUACGCAAUUCACUGAUCCCUCAUAGAGCACAGUAUUUUGAAGUUGCAGGCUUUACAGUCUCAAAAAUUGUCUCUAAAGCUGAUCAAAAUUUGAAUAAGCUGCAUCGAAGUAAAAAACAGAAGCAGAAAAGUGGGCAGCAAAGUGACCCGAAACAAGCUUUUUCUGAUCAAUUGCCAUUUACAGCUAAUGCAGAUGCAAGCUCUUGCUAACUUGUGCUAGACUGGAAAAUGAAUGUCCCUUAAAUUUACUUGAGAUUGUGAAUCCGAGUCAGAAAGAAAGCAUGUACAUAAACAAGUUAUGAACAAAAAGAAAUGGUCUUUAAUUCACUUUGCAGGAGGAAAAGCAGUAUCUUUAUAUGCAGACAAGUUUAACAAAGCAGAAUGGCAUGAAGUCUCGUUGGGGGAUAUUUGAUCCUCAUAAUCAUCUUGUUCAGCGGCAAAAUUAGGAGAAUCUGAUGGGAUGGAGCUUGUUUUACUAUACCUGCCAAAGGACAAAUUAACUGCUAAGAAGUUGAGCUGAUGCGUGGGAUGAAGCUGAAUGUCACGAUCUCAACUUUCAGAGAUCUGAUUCAUUGUUGAGAACACUUUCAGUUGCAUUUAUUAGAAGAUGAUACACUUGGAGAUGUAUGCUUCUCUUGUGCUGUUUUGUACCAAAGCGUAGACAAACUGUAUCCCAUUGUUUUUUAAUUAUUCUUUUUAAGGUGGGAGAUGGAGUUGGUUCGGGUCUAACAAGUAAUCUAAGGCUCUGGACAUGGUUUUGCUGGCUUUUAUUCCCUUCAGCAUAACUAGGUUUAUUUUAUCUGUUUUUUUACUAAUGAAUUUCUGUAUAACUAUAUUAGUUGCUUGAUUGGAGCAAAGAAAAUUACAAGCACAAUUUUUCAGAU